GUCUGCAGCUGUGUGGCUGCUGGCUCCAGACGGUGCCCACCUGUGACUGGUGCACAUCACUGCCUGUGUGCCCCUUCCAGGGCACAGGUAGGGGCCAUCCAGCUCAGCUGCUUCGGGGACUCAUAGCCAGGGGUCCCUCCAAGAUGGCCUGGCUGUGGCCACUCUGUGUCCUGUUUCCUGCCUUCAUGCUGUCUGUGACAGCCAACACGCCACCACGGUUCGCGAGCAAUAUGACAUCAGUUUUGCUAUCAGAGGACUUACCAGUGGGUGACGUGGUCUUCUGGUUGGUGGCUACUGACAGUGAUAAUGAUCCGCUGACCUAUGGGAUCAGUGGCCCCUAUGCCUAUUUCUUCUCUGUCAACUCAAGCACUGGGGAAGUGAAGCUGGCCAGCCCUUUGGACUUCGAGACUCUCCGUUCCUUCCAGAUCACCAUCUCCGUAAAUGACAAUCACAACACUGCAGUGACUAAGGAGCUACGCGUGAUUGUGGAUGACAGAAAUGAUAACGUACCUGUUUUUCAGGGUUCUGAAUUCUCCACCAGCAUCAAUGAG